GCGGCGGAGGCGGAGCAAAAGGCGGGUUGGGUGCCGGCCCUGAGGGUCAGGCCUGGGACGCGUGUGUAGGGAGUCCCUCCCCUCCGCUGGUCGGGCUUCAGAGCGCGGGCUCCGCGCCGCGGGCCCCUGAGUUUCCCUGUCCGCGACUCCGGGUCGGGGGACUGACCCCGUCGGGUGCGGGCGUCCUCGGCGCUGCCGGGACACACUGCGCAGGCCCCGGCGGAAGCCCGCGGCGGGGAGGGGCUCCGCCCGGCGGCCAGGGACUGGGCUUCGGUUAGUGAGGACGCAGGGCGGCCAGCCUCGCCCUCCGCGGAGGCCCGAGUCUCGUCUUAACUCGCGCUCACCGUGCGGUGUGGGUCUCCACGUGCCCUGGGCCAGCCGCCCCGCCGCCGUCACCACGGAGACCUGCCCCGGCGCCAGGUACCAAGAACAGUGAUUAUCAUUCAUUGGGAGAAAAAGCAAAGGAAGUGCCUUUUAUUUUCGACUGGGCACCUAAACGGAAACUGCAGUUGUAGUAUGAAGAAGGGUAGAGGAAGAACAAGCCGGAUCAGAAGACGGAAACUCUGCAGAAGUUCUCCAUCAAGGGGAGUGAAUGAGAGCUACAAGCCUGAAUUUAUAGCGCUUAAGAAGUGGUUGAAAGCUAGGAAGUUUGAAGAUACAAAUUUAAUACCUGCUUGUUUUCCAGGUACCGGGAGAGGGCUGAUGAGCAAAACGUCCCUGCAGGUGAAAGCAGCAUUUAAUGAGGAAACCCGCUGUUAUGAAAUCAGGACGGGCUCGGGCUGCAGACGGCACGAGGAGGUGUUCAUCUGCUAUGGCCCCCACGACAGCCGGCGGCUGCUGCUGGAGUACGGGUUUGUUCCCUGCGGGAACCCCCACGCGUGUGUCCCCGUCUCACAAGAUGUGCUUGUGAAAUAUCUUCCAUCAACAGAUAAGCAGAUGAACAAAAAGAUUUCCAUUUUAAAGGAUCAUGACUUUAUAGAAAACCUGACGUUCGGAUGGGACGGGCCGUCCUGGAGGCUGCUCACGGCCCUGAAGCUGCUGUGUCUGGAGGCUGGAGAAUUUCCUCGCUGGAAAAAAGUCCUUCUUGGGGAGAGAAUUUCAGAUACAAAUGAGAAGACGAGUUUGGACGUCGCCCAGAAAAUAUGCCGUUAUUUCACAGAGGAGGCUAGUGCUAUGCUUCAAAAGGUUUCUCACAUGAAAGAUAAAGAAAUGGCGUUGAUACACCAGCUCACUUUGGUGGAAACGUUGUGGACAGAAGAGCUGAAGAUCCUCCGGGCAUCUGCCGAGACCCUGAGCGGUUUGCAGGCCGCUGUUCGUGACUCACCCACGUGCCUCCGAUCGCCUCCCCUGCUGGGUGUCGCCCCCUCUGCGGGGUGUGACGCCUGAAACACUGUACACUAAGGUUCGUUUUACCCUGAAUCCUUUCUAGAUCUUGGCUCUGGAUUUAUACUGUUCACAGCGUUUUCACGCCUGUUAAUAACAUCAGGACAAGGGGGCGGGUGUCAGAGCAGGAAUAUCAUUCCACGGAAGCCAAGAGCUGCUGCUUAGAAACACUGGACAUUGUCGAAGCACAACACGAUGCGGUGUUCCCUUCUGGGUGCAGGAUGAGCUGCUUCCACUUCUCCCAGCUGAACGUCUCCAAGGACCAUGGCGACCGGGGUUCUGGGAGGCAGGAGAGGGAGUACUGCCAGUCGCCGCCCGUCAUCUUGAAAUGCAGCAGCCCAUGCUGCGUACAGCUUAAUCCCAAGCUCAAGUACACGAGUCCUCGGCUCAGCCGGUCAGUGCCACGUGAGCGGCAGAACACACGGUGCUCAGCACUCGGUGCUCGUCCCGGCCUCCUGUGAGAACAAGCCCCACUGGCCCUUCACAAGGGCUGGGCUGGUGUCUGAGGAGCAGAGCAGAGUUGGGCUCAGCAGUGAGCUGGAGACGCUUCCCUCUUCGUCCACUGGGUGGCGCGAGAGGACCGGGAGCCGGAAGGCUGGCUCCUCAAAAGCAGGCAGUUGUGUUCAGUGGGAGUGGGAUCUGGACAAAGCAAAGCGACUCUGUGCUCCUGGGACAGAACGCAGGUGUCCCUGCUCUCCUGGGGGCCUUGGCCUCCUUGGGUGAGAACAGGCAGCCUCACAGCAGUUCAGGGCGAAGGGGCCUGGCCAGGUGUGGGGCUCAGAGGUGAGGGUGGGGGGGUAGGUCAUAAGAUGCAGGACUGCCUGUCAGCCUACGACAGGCCAUAAGGAAAUGUCAGUGUGUGGCCCUUUUUCUUGAGCAGAAGAAAAUGCCUCAUCGCAGGGAGCAGGUUUUAGUUCCAUGUCUUCGAGAGCAGGCAGGCAGGUCCUGGCCAGGCAAACAGGAAGGCUCAUUCCAAGGGUGUAACCUGAGCCCCCACCCAGAAGGGGGCCUGCUCCUGUGACGGCUUCUGCCAGGCGUGUCUGGAGCCGGGAAGGAGCCUUCCUCUGACGGGCUGGCCGUCCGUCCUCAAAGGCGUGCGUUUGACGUGAGGACAGAGCCUCAAGGUCGAGUGGAGUGUGCCCGGUGUCCUUGGACUCCUGCGUCCACGUUGACUGACAGGCUCCGAUCCCAACCGGCUGGUGACAGGCGUCAGGUGGCCCCGCACAUCACUCGUUUGAAAUGAUGUCUUGGGCCUGCUGGGCCGUCCCAGGGCCCCGUUGUCUGUCCUCAGGUGGAGACGCGCUCACCGUGCAGGUCCUUGGACCCUCCGCGCCACCUCUCCGUGAUGCACAUCCCGCCCCGCCUCGAGCGGGCGGCAUUCCAUGCAGAGCGCCUGCAGGGCCUGGCGAGCCCCUGCUGCAGGUUUGAAGGUUCCCCUGGAACUGGACGCGGAGAGAGACCCACACGUGGCCGUCGGUCUGAUCGGAGUCGCCUGACGGUGGCGGCUGUUUGUCUGGAAGCCAUCUUGCUGAGGAGGUCAGGUGGGGGUCAGGCGCUGUUUCUCAUGUGGUUUAAUGUGCAGGCGAGGCUGGAGCCAUGGCUCACGUGGGCUCGACAGAAACUGAGAGGAAGGAUUCCGUCUCCAUUCGGGAGCAGGAGCAGCGUCCUGGCAGGGCCGCGGGAGCCCAUCUUCCUCCUUUAUUAUCUGUGGUGGCAGGAGCCCCGGAGCUCACCUACAACCCGCUCCCCACGGGGGUCUGCAGCCAGCAGCGCCCGCGCCCCGGGAGCUCGCCGGUUAGAAAGGAGACUCACACCCUGGCCUGCCGCGUCCGAGUCUGCGCAGUGACGGAUGUCAGAAACGCUGCCCCCGAGUCAGAUCCGCCGCCCCGGGCCAGCUCUCCGGCGUCUCCAGGGCCCGCGUGGGUGCGGGGCCAGCUCGGUGCCAGGCUGUGCCAUCCAUGCAUGGAGUCCUCCUCGCCGGGCACCGUUCUCUCGAUGGAUGGGGAAAGCCCGGCUCAGGCCAGGGGGCGAAGUCCCUGCCGCAGACAGCAGAGCCGGGGCCGAGCGCGGAUGGGGCCAGGGAUUUGCGCCGAAGCAUCUCUGCGCAGACACCUUUGCAGCAGACGUUUCCGCGCAGACAUUUCUGCCUCAUAACUAAUGGGCUGUGAGGCAUUUCUGCCGUAAGAGAGAGAGAAUGACUGGCUGGCAGGUUUGUUGUUUGGCUUUAUUUCUCUAUUGACGAAGCAGUCAAGUGCCGUAAAAAUAAAAAUAACUGGUGGCGAUUU